AUGUCAAGUCAAAAAAUAGUUCCAAUUAACUAUGUAACAAUAGACAUUAAAAAUUGGGAUGAUAUUCCAAAAGCUGUCAAUUGUAGCCCAGAUGUAAAGAAAGCCGUAGAUAGUAACAAUAUGGUAUAUACCACUAUAAAUGUUAGUGAUGCAAUGAUAAAACUUGCCACUGUAGGUGAACUACUUAAAGUUGCUAAUGCUGCCUCAAAUGGUUUUCCAUGCUCAGUCCCUAUCAUUUCAAUUCUUGCAGACUAUCAAAGUUUAGUUAACGAUACUGUAAAUACAACAUCAAAGUUUGUUUAUUUUUCAAUGGCCUCUCUUAGUCAACAUUCUUUAGCUCUUCGUAUUGUUCAAAAAUAUCCCCAAAAAGCACUAGCAUUACUCGGUAAAACAUCUGAAAAGGCUAAAGAGAUGUCUGAUAUUUGUCAAAAACUAAUAGACUUAGCAAAGAAUCUGGUAGAUAAAUCUAUUCAGGCCCUUAAAAUAGCAACUGGUGAUCAAGUGGGGGUAAUGGAAAAAGAAAAAGAAAAUCAAAAACUACAAGAUGAAUUAAAUGAAAAAGCCGCAGUGCUUAGAUCUGAAAUAGAAGAUUUGAAAACCCAAGUCAGUGAAUUAAAACAAUUGGCUGAAGAUGCUGGCAAAGAAGCUGCUGAAGCAAGAAAGUUUGGUAUGAUUUUACAAAUGGUAGAUGCAGUGGUACAUCCACUUUCUCUUUUAACUGGUCCAAUAGUCGAUGCAUCCCAUGGCGGUUCAAACAAAUCCAAAAUGGAUAAAAUCACUGGUAAAGAAACACCGGAUGCAUCACAAAAAAUCAAAGAAGAAAAAAAAAAAUAUCAAACCCAAGUUGAUGAAAAAAAGAGAGAAUUAGAAAAAAAAGAAGGUGAAUUAAAAAAAGUAGAGGCAGAACCAGAAUCACCAGAAAAAAAGCAAAAAAAAGAAAAAUUAAAUAAUGAAAUUAAUGAAAUUAAAAAUGCAAUCAAAUCACUAGGUAAUAGUCUUGCUAAGGUUAUGGAUGAAAUAUCCAAUGAAUAUAAAGAAAAAGCUGCUAAAAGUAAUGAGAAAGAGGCUGAAUAUAGAAAACUAAAAAACCAGUAUCAGGAUUUACAACGUAAAGCAAAUGCUGAUUUAACUGAAAAUGUAAUAAAGUUAAAAUUACUCUCUGAUGAAAAGAAUUAUUUAGAGGUUUCAAUUAAAUCGUUAGAAAUUACAAUUAAAACAAUGGGAAAAGUUAAAACUAUUUUUGAAAACACCCGUUUAUUCUGGCUUCAAGUUCAAAAUCAAUGUAAAAAUUUAAUUGAUAUUUCAAAUAUUAAAGAUUUAUCAGAAUUUGUUGAUAUUGAUGAAGAAUUCCAAAUCGAUUAUUCCAAUCAAAUUAAAAAAUCGGGUUUAAAAUGGUUAGCACUUGCUAGUAUUAAUUAUAAUGCAGCAAAUGCUAUCACUAGCGUAAAAAAGAAUUUUGAUCAAAUAAUGUCCAAUCUUCCGGGUAAAGAAGAAGCCAUUCAAAUUGUUAAUGAGUGUACUGGUAAAAUUCAAAAAGCAUUAGAAGAUGAAAAUAAGAAAAUUGAUAAUACUAAAAAACUAAUUGAAGCCCAAAACAAUAAUCCAACCCAACCAGUUAGUGCUUAA